AUGAAAAUGUCCAAUGCUCAUAAUAAAAAAAGGUCAUUAUCACCAUCGACCGAUGAUCAAAAUCAAAAUAAUAAAAAACGUAAAACAAAACAAAUAUUAGAUUCAGUAUUAAAUAAAAAACAAUUAUCCGGAACAAAAACACUUGUACGUGCACCAAAAAAAUUGUUACAAUUGACAACAACAAAUAAUAUAACAACAGAUCAGGAACGAAUUAAUAUCGAAGAAUAUGGUAUGGAAAUUGAUCCAAAUGAACCACGCUAUUGUACAUGUAAUCAAGUUAGUUUUGGUCGAAUGAUUAAAUGUGAUAAUGAAUCGUGUCCAUUAGAAUGGUUUCAUUUUCAAUGUGCCAAUGUUGAUGUCGCACCAAAAGCAGAUAACAAUUGUGGUUUUGUCCACAAUGGGUUGCCAGAAAAAUUUUUGCGGGAAAAUGAUCAGCGUGGUCGAUUACCUAUGAAGUCGUGUUUAUCUCAAAUGGAUCACCUUGCUUUUAUGAGAAAAAAAAAAUUUUAA